AAUCAUUGAAAUUGAAUCAGCCAUCCUCGAUUUAUUUAAUGAUAUGCUAAAGGAAUUAACAUGUAGAAGUCUGACAAUUCAUGCAGCUCCUCUUCAUGAAGUUAAAUCUAGUCAUCAUAUGAAACGCUGUCUUGGUGGUGGUUAUGGUGACUGUAUCGAGGAUGACCGAUGUGAAGACGAUUAUGACUGUGAAAAGCAUUUGGUUUGUUAUGAAGGGUUUUGCAAGAAACCGAAAGCUUCUGAAUUUAUAGACGAUAAUUCUGAAUUUAUAGACGAUAAUUCUAAGUUUAUAGACAAUAAUUCUGAGUUUAUAGACGAUAAUUCUGAGUUUAUAGACGAUAAUACCGAGUUUGUAGACAAUAAUUCCGAGUUUGUAGACAAUAAUUCUGAGUUUGUAGACAAUAAUUCUGAGUUUGUAGACAAUAAUUCUGAGUUUGUAGACAAUAAUUCUGAGUUUAGAAGUGAUAAUUCUGUGUUUAUAGACGAUAAUUCUGAGGUUAUGUACGAAAAUUCCGAAUUUAUAUACGACAAACGAUUACAGUAA